AUGAGGCCAAGGGUUGAGGAGGCCAGGAUUCAUGAGGCCAAGGGUUUGAGGAGGCCAGGUUUUAGGACACCAGUGUUCAGGAGGCCAAGGGUUUACGAGGCAAAGGGUUCAGGAAGCCAGAGUUCAGGAGGCCAGGGUUCAGGAGGCCAAGGGUUCACGAGGCCAGGGAUCAGGAAGCCAGGGUUCAGGAGGCCAGUAUCAGGAGGCCAAGGGAUCAGGAGGCCAAGGAUCAGGAGGCCAAGGAUCAUGAGGCCAGGGUUCAGGAGGCCAGGGUUCAGGAGGCCAGGGUUCAGGAGGCCAGGGUUCAGGAGGCCAGGGUUCAGAAGGCUAGAGUUCAGGAGGCAAGGGUUGGGAGGCCAGGGUGUCAGGAGGCCAGGGUUUACGAGGCCAGGGUUCAGGAGGCCAGGGUUCAGGAGGCCAGAGUUCAGGAGGCAAGGGUUCAGGAGGCAAGGGAUUCAGGAGGCCAGAGAUCAGGAGGCCAGGGAUUCAGGAGGCCAUGGAUUCAGACGGCCAGGGUUCAGGAGGCCAGGGUUCAGGAGGCCAUGGGUUUACGAGGCCAUGGAUCAGGAGACUGUCAUCUUCGUAAUCUAA